AUGCAGCAACCCCUUAUUACACCAAGAGACGACCGAGCCGCCUAUGAGUACAGCAUCCAGGCCACGGAAGAUUACAACUAUGAACCAAGGAGGACAGAGGAACAGGUCGCGCCGACAUGGCAGCCACCAGCAUGGAGACCGACUGACACACCCAACUACAAGCCAAAACCACUGCGAUGGCCAUUCAUCAGCGGUCUUAUGGUCCUGCUAGUCGUGGCCAUCGCCCUUAUCACUUUUGCCGACAAGAGCCUGCCAAACUCAGACACGAGUGCUCGGUUUUUGGGACUACAUCCCAAUGCCUCGCAACCUGUGCGGCUAGCUCGCGAUGUUCUCCCGAACAACACAGCAACCAUGACCCCAGUCAGUGGCAUGACUUCGAUGUCACAGAGCACUCUGAGUUUCGAGGAAGAGGUCAGGGUCGCUGUUCAGAGCAGUUAUUCCCCAGAGAUCGUGUCUCAGGCGACACCGACGCUUCAGUCGUCUACCGAAACACAGUCUAUACCUUCUUCCGGCUCAACGUCCCCGAUCUUCAUCGUGACAGGCGUCACAGAGACCGAAAGACUGUCUCUCUCAGCUUCAGAAACGAUGGAUAACAACGCGUUUAGGUUGCCAGAUUCUGAAACAAGCAAUCCAUCAAGCGUUCCGUCAGUCACGAUAUCUCAAGACACCUCAGCAACUGCCUCUGGUUUAUCGUCUGUAACCGCUCCCCCUUCAGAGCCUGUCAGUUCCAGCACCAGUGCGACCAGCGUGAGCGGCAUGUCGUUGAUACCGAUAUCUGUCUCCAUAUCUUAUUUUACACGAAACGUUACAGUUCCUGUCACGACAAUUCUCUUCACCUCAACAUUCACCAGAACUCGAACGUCUUCGUUCAGCAGUGCUUCUACAUUUACCACAACAUUUGUGACAGAUGUGACCGAUGUGGCUCCAACCACGGUCAUGUCAUUCUGGUCAUCAGAUGGAUCAGAAGGCACAGUCCCUAUUUCCACUGGCAUGGGCACUGGCGUGAAGCCUACAACAAUCGUUUCAGGGGUGACGACGACCGUUGCAGGUGUUUCCACGGCGACAGAUGUUGUGACGUCUGUUUUUACCAGCACGCUUACCGGAGUGGUGAUUCCAAGCGUGGGCCAGGUUACGAUCACUUACUUCCAGACUGUCAUGCCUGUUCCAGUCACAGAGCCACCUAACCCGGUCAAGGUGACGGGGGUGGAAGUCAUUGACGGGACAGUCAUUGAGGUUAUUAAAACUCAGGGGCCUGUUGUGGUCGUUGUCCCCACAAACGAAGUCCAAACUAGGGUGGUUGAGCAGGAGAUUAGAACUGGUGUCGUUCGGGUCGGCGGAUCUGCCGUGACCAAUGUUGUGGUCAUCACACCGACCCCUGGCGUUGCCAUAGGCCAAGUUACUAAUGUCGAUGGUGCACCCCGGACCAUUCAAGCGGUUGUGGCACCAGUCGAAGUUGGACAGCCGGUAACUUACACAGUCGUUGACAACGUCGGGGGCUCGCUUGUUUCGCAAGUUGUCGUUACUACACCGGCUGGGCCGCCUUAUCAACCGGUUUCAUACACUGUUGUCCGCGAGCAAGGGGGAUCUCUUGUGACUCAAGUCGUAGUAACCACACCAACAGGCCCUCCAGGCCAGCCGAUAACCUACACCGCCAUUAACAUGGAAGGAGGAACCCCGGUGACCCAAGUCGUCGUCACCACACCUUCCGUUGACGGCCCUUUCGUGCCCAUCACCUACCUCGUCACAACCAACAUAGGCGGCACCCCAACCGUCGUCACCAUAACCCCCGCCCCAACAACCUUUGUCACCACCAUCGACGGCACAACCAUAACCCGGGUGACAACCCCCCCAGUGACGAGCUUCACCACAACCAUAGACGGCACCCUCACCACCCUAACCCUAACCACCACCCCAACCAACACCUCCCCCAUCACCCUCACGCUCGCCACGACCUCUCGCGAGACCCUAAGCACCUUUACCAGCACCAUCCCCCCCACCACCUUUCUCACCACCAUCUCCGGCUCCCUGAGGACAAUAACCUCCACCCCCUCCCCCACCACCUCCCUCUCAACCCGCCUCCCCACAACCCUAACCUACACCUCAACCACAACCCCAACCCCCUCCUCCCCAUCCGAAUCCCUCGUCCCCCAAACAAGGGUAAUCUCUUGGUCCGAAACCGACAUCUUCCUCGGCACCUUCCUCCCCGCCCUCCUCGCCAUUGCCAUCGUGAUUCCCCUCCGCAUCAUAGACCUAAACGCAAAACUCUACCAACCCUUCCAGUCCCUUACCCUCCCCACUGGCAGUCUGGGUGCUAACACCCUACUGGUCCAAUACUCUGGCGUCCUGUCGUUUGUUACGCCAGUCAUCACCCUCUUGCAGGCUAAACACCCUGUCCCAUUCGUGACGACGCUCAUGGUCGGUUGUGGGAGUUUGAUGGUCCCUUUUGCGACUGAGGCUAUCGGGCUGAAGCUUCAUGGGGAUUGUUAUCUCAACACUGCGAGUAAGAACUGCGGUCCGGCGCUGGGGGUGAACAGGACGGCGGGGUAUGUUCUUGUUGGCCUGAUGGUUGUCGUGGUUGUUUUGCUAGGGGUGGUGAUGUGGUUCACGAACUGGGGACGGAAAGGGGUCACGGGGGUGAGGGCGAAUCCGUGGAAUUUGGCUGGGAUGGGGUCGCUCCUGGGGGGGGUGAGGAGUGAUUUGGGAUGCGGGCAUGGCAAAAAGAUGAGGUAUAAACGGUAUGGAAUGGGGUGGUAUCGGAAUCGGGAUGGGAGGGAGGAUUACGGAAUGAUAGUGUUGGAUGAGGCUGGUCAGGGGUUGCAACAGCAGCAACAUCCUACCUCUGUGAGUGAGAGUGACGACAUGGAUGGGAGUGAUGCGGUAGCUGAUUUGAAAACGGGGGUGUCGGGGAGUCAUUUACCUUUUAUGACGUUGAGGAUACCGUGGAGGGUCGGGCUGAUUCUAUUUCAACUUGCCGUCUUCAUUUUCAUCAUCUAUUACCAUGCCUACUACCGCGGCGGGAUCAAGGACAAUGGCAAGCUCUGGACGUUUAUGAACGCCAACACCUUUGGGGUGAGGUUCUUGUCGGCGAUUAUCGGGGUGAUAGUAGCGUUUUGUUGGCAGUCUUUCUUUCUGAGCGUGAGCACCAUGACCCCCUUCCAACUAAUGGCUCUCUCAACCCAACCGGCCUCCCGCUCCAUCCUCUUCUCGCCGAACACGAACCCCUUUUCGGGGCUCUACUCCGCCAUCAGAAACAGACACAUGUUCCUGCUCGCGGUCUCAAUAGCUGCGAUCAUGUCAGAGUUCUUGCCGGUGCUGCUCUCCAACGUCCCCUUCAGCCUCUACCAAACCUCCGCCGCGGCGACCGCCUGCGCGGUUCUUUCAUGUCUCUUCUUGGCAGUGAUGCUCGCCGUGCUCGGCUGGUCGUUCUGGAUCCGAUACCCCCCGAUGCCCGCUGACCCGAGGUCCAUCGCGGGGAUGAUGUACUACCUCUCCCAGUCACCCACCCUGCUGGCAGAUUUGGAGGGGAUAUCCUCCAUGGACGGGGCCGCAAGGCGCAAACGAAUAGAAGAGAACGGUGGGAGAUAUUACUACGGGGUGCUGCCUGUUUCUGUGGGGAAUGGGUUAUGGGAGUCUCAGGACAGGAGAAGGCUAGGGGUGGAGGUGGAGACGGGAGGAGGUAGUGGUAGUAGUGGGUACGAGCCUGAGGACGGAACAACCCCGGCUUUUGCUGCGAUGGACGGGCCGGCUAUGACGGAAACGGCUCGCCGAGGCGAAUACCAUGCCGUUGAUGGCAGUGGUGAUGGUGGCAGUGGUGAGUUGAGGCAUGAUCGGAGCUUCAUGAGUCAGAACACGGCGUAUCAGGGACAUCGGAUUGAUGAACAGCCUGCGAUGUAUGGUUGA